UCCUUGAUUUGAUAAGGGGCUUUUGGGCGGGUCAAGCAGUGAUCGUGUUCUUGAAGUACACGCCGAACUGGUCGCGAGUGGUGAGUGUAGAAUAUGUCAGUGGUUCCUAGCAUAAACGACUGUUUCCAGGAAUGGGAUGGCCUGCAGAAAGAAUUUCAACAGAUACAGGAGACUCAUCGUCUAUAUAAGAAGAACCUCAGUGAAGUUACCAAACUGCAGGAGCAAUGUCUAGCAACAAUUACUCGGCAGAAAAAGAAACUUAAGGAGCUUUCAACUGCAUUAAAAUCAUGCACAAGUUCUGCAAAUGCUGAUGAAAUUGAGACCAUUAAAAAGAUUCAAGAUUUCAUAAAAGGACAAACAAGUGCGUUCUUUGAAAUGGAAGCGUUCUUGCCCAAGAAGAAUGGAUUAUACUUGACUCUGGUUUUGGGAGAUGUCAAUGUAACUCUGCUCAGCAAACAGGCUAAAUUUGCCUAUAAGGAUGAGUAUGAGAAAUUUAAGUUGUGUCUCACUGUUAUUCUCCUGGUGGUUUCAUUCACAUGCCGGUUUCUUGUAAGCUACAGAGUGAUUGAUGCAGUCUUCAAUUUCCUUCUUGUUUGGUAUUACUGUACACUCACAAUCCGGGAGAGUAUAUUAAUUAACAAUGGUUCUCGAAUCAAGGGCUGGUGGGUUUUACAUCAUUAUGUUUCUACUUUCCAGUCUGGAGUUAUGUUAACAUGGCCUGAUGGCCCAUUGUAUCAAAUGUUCAGGAACCAGUUCCUUUCUUAUUCAUUAUAUCAAAGUUUUGUGCAGUUUCUUCAGUAUUAUUAUCAGAGUGGUUGCUUAUACAGACUGAGAGCUCUUGGAGAGAGACAUACAAUGGACCUGACUGUAGAGGGUUUUCAGUCAUGGAUGUGGAGAGGCUUAACAUUUCUUUUGCCAUUUCUCUUUUUUGGACAUUUCUGGCAGCUAUAUAAUGGGCUAACACUGUUUAAACUUUCUGAGCUUCCAGAAUGUAAAGAGUGGCAGGUUCUAACGUGUGGCUUAGCCUACAUGAUUCUUUUUCUUGGAAAUUUUUUUACAACACUACGAGUGCUUCACCAGAAGAUUCAGACCAAACUUCAUGAGAGAACCAAAUGUCUUUAAAAAAUGGCAUAACUCAUGGAUUAGAAAAAUUGUUGAAGAUUGUAUACUGUUCUUCUAACAUAGAAGAAACCUGUGCUUGUGAUUCAUGCAAAUUAUGGACAAAUAUUAUCAUUGGAAUAGGAAACUGUGAUGGAAUCAAAUUAAACUAUUUAAAUCAAAGCUGCAAAGUGUCAAUAAUUUUACAUCUUGCAUAAUAGUCUAAUUUCUAAUAUGAACAUAUGAACAUUCAUUAAAGGAUAAGUUAGGUAUUUUUUUCCAAGGCAAAGCUUCAUAAAUAUGGUAUAUGUGCAUUUGUUAUGCAAUGGAGCAGCCCUGUUCUGAAGUUAAGCGUUUUAUGUACAUUUUUAAAAAUAUCUUGCAUGUCCUUGUGUUUUACAAUGGAACCUAUGGUGCAUAGAGCACCACCGGAAAAUAAAAGCUCAAAAACUCAACCGAAUAUGUCCAUUUAUCAAGCCAAAGAAGUUAUCGAGCAUUGAUCUACAUCUUAAGGUUAUACUCGCAUAGUAAAAUAUCUUAUGUGUGUCAUUUUCAGACAAAAAACACCAAUAUUGUGAGAUUUAUCCAUUAAAAAAAAAAUAGAAAGACCAGCUGUGUGUACUCCCCUUAGUGUUUCACUGUAGUAACCUUUCACUCCCCAGGGGUGUGGCUUCCUCUUGAAAGACAAAAUCAUAGUAAACUUUUCCUGCCACGUGCUUGGUAUUAUUUUGAUUUGCUUUCAUAUUUAUGUGAGAACUCCUCCUCCUAUCACACAAUAGAAAACUCAUCCUUACCUUAAGACAAAAACUUCCAGGAAUAUGUGAUAAAAUGAUUAUUUACAGAGUCCUUUUGUUGUCACAAACGUGUCAGAAAUGCAGAAGGUAUGUUUUCUUAUAUCAAAACCUUUGCCACUUUAAAGUGGACUUAUAAGUUUUUAGGCUUUUAUUUUCCGGUGGUGCUCCAUGCCCCAUAGCUUCUAUUAUAAAAUGCCAGAGUGGGCAAGAUAUUAAAAAAAAAAAAAAAUUAUAGUUAAUGCUUAAUUUUUUAACACAGUUUUGCAUAGCAAAUACAUAUAUACCAGGUUUUAGAAGAAAUAACUUUGACUUGAAAAAAAUACCCAACCUAUUUUUUAAGAUAUCCCAAAAAGUUGAAGCAUAGAAAUAUUUAAGUUUGUGGGUAAAGCAGCUUUUGGCAAAAUUAAAAAUAAGUUCUUAUUGUUCACAGUUUAGCUAAAUGUUGUUAAGGCAAGGUCAUUCAAGCUGGCAAACGAUUGUAAAACACUCGUUUUCAGUAUUUGUAAUGCAUUGCCUCAAUUAUUGCAAUUUGAAAAUCUGAUCUUGAAGGGAAUUAUUUUCUUAGAAACAAA